AAAAUUUGCUUUAAUAUGGCUGAAGCAAGUGGAGAGCUUGAUACUUAUACUCAAGAUUAUUCUCCCUUACCUCCUGAUGAUUUAAAAGCUAUUAAACCGAUUUACGACGAUCUCAGUAAUAAUAAUUUACUUUCAAGAUGUGUAGGUGGAUUCAAUCAGAAUAAUAAUGAGAGCUUCAACCAACUAGUGUGGAAAAUAUGCCCAAAAACCGUGAAUACUAGUUCUACUAUCGUACAAAUUGCUGCAUACAUAGCUACUUGUAUAUUUAAUGAAGAUACAAAUUCAUUAUUAAUGAUUAUGGAUACCCUAGGACUUAAUUGUGGGUCUAAUUCCCAUCGGUAUGCUGAAAAAUUGGAUGCUGCACGUGUGAAAGUGGCAGAUCAGCGCGCCAACGACAACACUCGGGAAGGCAGAAUGCUUCGUAGGCAACAGCAAAUUGAUGUUUUGGAAACUUCCACAAUGGCUGAAGAACUAUUAUAUGGCCCAGAAAUAGAUGACUCGAUAUGAAUCUCCAAGGACUUAUGAUUGUCACCGCAAGGACCUUUUUUUGGAACUGGGUCAACACAGACAGCUAUAACUUUGGAAAUUAAAUUUUUUUUUUUUUUUGUUUGAAAUUUUUGUGACUUCAAUUCAAAACAUUGUAUAAUA